AUGUUCGCCACAAAACGUCUACAGAAGGAAUUGAGCAAGGCCAAGACGAAACUCCCACCGGGCAUCUCAAUAGCGAAAGCAGACGACUUCCGAGAAUGGCAGAUGGACAUAGUGGUCCUCGAUGACAACCCAAUUUACAAUGGCGACAUCUACCGACUCAGCUUCAUCUUCGGCACGCAAUACCCCAUAGAAGCGCCCGAAGUCUCCUUCAUCAAAGUCAACUCCACCACCACCGCGAACAACACAACACCCAACUCCGCCGCACAACCCAUCGACCUCACCUCCGACGACACACCCGCAAAACCCAACACCGACACCGGCGCCCGCCCUAUCCCGAUCCACCCACACAUCUACUCCAACGGCAUCAUCUGCCUCGACCUCCUCGGCGCAGCCGGCUGGUCGCCCGUACAAUCCGUCGAGUCGGUCUGCGUAUCCAUUCAGAGCAUGCUCACGGGCAACACAAAGAAUGUCAGACCAGAAGGAGACGAUGCGUUCUGUCGGAGUAUGGGUGUGCGAGGGCCGAAUGGGUGGAGUGGAAGUGGGAGGAGUGAGGGUGGGAUCUGGUAUGGCAAUGGGGGACGGGGGCUGAAGGAUGUGAGGUUUGCUUAUGAUGAUGAUAAGGUUUGA